AUGAUCGCAGCUGCACACUGCCACAAGUGCUGUCCGCCCGAUUGCCUCGGUGGAGCGUUUCAUCUCUUCACCGUCUUUCUCCUAUUCACCAUGCUGUGGGGCACACUCCAGUCUGCGAACAGUGUUAAAGUACGGGAAGCGCACAAGCGCAUCAUGCUCCUCAACCACCCCGACCGCGAUGAGAACUUGUUGUACCUUCGUUACCCCUUCUCUGACCUACAUGUCUGCCCCUUUUUGCAGGCCAGUGGCGCCUUACGCGAGCGACCAAUAUUGGGGAGGUAUGGCAUCAUCAAGUCCUUAGCAGUUGCGUUGCCUUUAAUCUACAUCGGAGCAAUGAUCAGUAUGAACGGUGCGGCAUACCUGGAGGAGCACGACAUAUUCGUGCCGGAGGACGACGAGGAGGUCUGA